AUGAAAAUCGGUGUUUCUCGCAUGAGAACCGUACCUUUUCUACUACUUUUGUUGUUAGUUUCGCGAUCUUUAUGCGAAGAAGACGAGGCGGAAGGCGAAGGCGCUAACAAGGAGGAAGUCUCCUGUUUGAAUACAGAAUGUGCACCAGGAAGCGGUGGGGCACCAGGAGGUGGAGGUAAAUCUCAAGAUCGCAACGCCCAGGCCUCCAAUAUAGCUCAGAAGGCGGCGCAAGAGGCAAAAGCGGCGCAGGAUGCCCAACAGCAAGCGGGCCAGCAAGCAGCGCGUCAGGUGAAAGAGCAGCUAGCCGAGAAAGCUGUGGAAGCCGCGAAGGCAGCUGAAGCCGCGUUAGCGGGGAAGGAGGUCCUAGUGGAGCAGCUCCAGGAGGAGAUUAAGGAAGCGGAGAUGGUGGUGAACGAAGAAGGUUCCAGCCUUCAACAGCUCCAACAAACAGCGCAAUCAGCUGGCAAAGCCGCCCAGCAAGCCCAAGCGGAAGUCAAACUCCUCCAAACUACAUUUCAGCUGGCCCAGGGUAACGCGGCUAACGCCCAACAGGCACUAGAAGGCGACCAGCAGCAGCUCCAAGAGAAAGAACAGAUCCUGGAAGCAGCCAAGACACGGAUGGACUCGCUGUCCAAACAGCUGCACGGAGCAAAGAGCGAUCUCUCGAAAACUAAAGAAGCAGCCAAAAAGGCGGAGUCGGCGGCUGCGGAGGCUAAGCAGAACGCUUCGAGGAACAGGAGGAAGGUGAAGAGGAACAUUAGGAAGAAAAAGUGA